AUGUCGGAAGGUCUCUUUUUCAACGUCACCACCGGCUACAUUGAGGGUGUUGUGCGCGGCUACAGGAACACGCUGUUGACUGGUCAACAAUACAGCAACCUGGCACAAUGCGAGACGAUUGAUGAUGUGAAGCUGCAACUAGGCCCGGCAUAUGGCGACUUCCUCGCUGACCUCCCUCCGAACCCUUCAACGAGCGCUCUUGCCGACAAAUUACUGGACAAGCUCGUCUCAGAGUUCCGCUACGUUCAGGCCAACGCUACCGGUGCCUUGGCCAAGUUCAUGGACUUCUUGACCUACGGAUACAUGAUCGAUAAUGUCGCCCUUCUUAUCACCGGAACCCUUCACGAAAGAGACACGCGCGAAUUGCUCGACAGAUGCCACCCCCUUGGCUGGUUCGAGACCAUGCCCGCCCUUUGCGUCGCCACAAACAUCGAAGAGCUGUACAACAGUGUUCUUAUCGAGACUCCCCUCGCUCCUUACUUCAAGGGUUCGCUGAGCCACCAAGAUCUGGACGAACUGAACAUUGAAAUCAUCCGCAACACUUUGUACAAGAACUACCUCGAGGACUUCCACAACUGGGUCAACACUCACUCCGGCGUUGCCGGCACUCCCACAGCCGAAGUCAUGACCGAGAUUCUCGAGUUCGAGGCUGACCGCAGAAGCAUCAACAUCACACUCAACUCAUUCGGCACCGAUCUUUCAAAGGCCGACAGACAAAAGUUGUACCCUGGUUUCGGAAGGCUGCAUCCCGAGGGAACAUUGAUGUUGUCAAGAGCAGAUGAUCCCGAGGCUGUCAGAAUUGCUGUCGAUGGUGUAUCCGACUACCGUGCUUUCUUCGACCAGACUGGCAUGGGCUCAGGCUCCAACGUUGGCAACAUGGCUGGUGGUUCGGACGAGGGCAAGAGUUUGGAAGAUUUGUUCUACCAAAAGGAGAUGGAGUUGUCGAAGCUCGCUUUCACCCGGCAAUUCACCUUCUCAGUCGUCUACUCGUGGGUGAAGCUGAGGGAGCAAGAAAUCCGCAACAUCACUUGGAUAUCAGAGUGCAUCGCCCAGAACCAGAAGGACAGGAUCGGCAACUACAUCAGCGUCUUCUAA